CUGGCCUCGCACUCCGUGCAGGAAGCGGGAGAACAGGUUAUGUGGGGGCCGGCGGGGGCAUUUGCCGGCGACACCGCGCGCGGGCCGGAAGUGCAGGCUGCGCCAGCCGCGCCGCAGGAGCUCCGGGCUAGACGGUGGCGACGGCGGCCCCUCGGCGGGAGGAGGACGAUGAGGAGCGGCGGGGGCGGCGCGGGGCCUCGCUGCUGCGCGGAGCCGGGUUCCGAGCCCGCGGCCGACUGCGCAGCCCGCCCGCGAGCCUGAGAUACCUACGUGGAGCUACCAUGGAAAAAUCCUGGAUGCUGUGGAACUUCACGGAAAGAUGGCUACUAGCCUUGGCAUCCUGGUCUUGGGCUCUGUGCCGCAUCUCCCUUUUGCCUUUGAUAGUGACUUUUCAUCUGUAUGGAGGCAUUGUUUUACUUCUGUUAAUAUUCGUGUCGAUUGCGGGCAUCUUGUAUAAAUUCCAAGAUGUCUUACUCUACUUUCCAGAGCAGCCGUCCUCUUCCCGCCUUUAUGUUCCCAUGCCCACGGGUAUUCCACAUGAAAAUAUUUUCAUCAGAGCCAAAGAUGGAGUCCGCCUGAAUCUGAUCCUGGUGCGAUACACUGGAGACAAUUCCCCCUACUCCCCAACUAUAAUUUAUUUUCACGGGAACGCGGGCAACAUAGGCCACAGGUUACCGAACGCGCUGCUUAUGCUGGUGAACCUCAAAGUGAACCUCGUGCUGGUUGACUAUCGGGGCUAUGGGAAAAGCGAAGGGGAGGCCAGCGAGGAAGGACUGUACUCGGACGCGGAAGCUGUGCUAGACUACGUGAUGACCAGGCCUGACCUCGAUAAAACGAAGGUUUUCCUGUUUGGCCGCUCACUGGGAGGAGCUGUGGCCAUUCACUUGGCUUCUGAGAAUUCGCACAGGGUGUCCGCCAUCAUGGUGGAGAACACCUUCCUCAGUAUCCCACACAUGGCCAGCACCCUGUUCUCCUUCUUCCCCAUGCGCUACCUUCCUCUGUGGUGCUACAAGAAUAAGUUCCUGUCCUACAGGAAGAUAUCGCAGUGCAGGGUGCCUUCUCUCUUCAUCUCCGGCCUCUCUGACCAGCUGAUCCCCCCCGUGAUGAUGAAGCAGCUGUACGAGCUCUCCCCAUCCCGGACUAAGAGACUAGCCAUUUUCCCAGACGGGACGCACAACGACACAUGGCAGUGCCAAGGCUACUUCACUGCGCUCGAACAGUUCAUCAAGGAAGUGAUCAAGAGUCAUUCUCCUGACGAUGUGACGAAGACAUCAUCCAGUGUCACCAUCAUCUGA